UCAGUAGCGUUGCUGUUAAAUAUGGCGACUUACAUGUAAUGUCAAUAUUCGCAUGUGCUGUGUUUUUGUAAGGCUAAUUUCUCUCCUGAAGCGCGCGUACGAUCAACUUCUCAGUAGUAAAUGGAGAAAACAGGCUGCUGAGCGACUGGUGAUGUCAGCCACGCAGAAAAGGCUGCUAGAUCAAGAUCCAGACUACGAGUCUGUUCCCCUGCAUGCGCAGCAGAAGCGCCUAAAACUUCACGAACAAGAUGCCAAGAAGGCAACCAUAAAGACCAUAGAACAGAUCAUAAAAACUCAAUUCAGCCAAGAGAUUUCAACGAGAGAAGCAGAGCUGGACACCAUCAACCAAAGAAUAUAUGAGGCCCAAGCUCUUCUUGAUAGUCUCAGAGUUAGUAUCGUGACCAAAUACUAUGCCACGGGAGGAAGGUUGCUCAGUGAACAGCAGAGUCCCGAUGGCUGCCCACCAAGUGCUCAGGUCCAUCCUACGGUUAAAAAGUACUUGGGAAAAAGCGUUCCACGGCUUCCACGGAGGGACGACCAUGUUGCUGCUCCAAAACCCGGUGUGGCCAAGGUCCCCAAUGUGCCUGUUCCUCAGCUGGAAAAAAGAAGCCAACCAGAAGCAAGUGUGACACUCAACAAGCCCAUAGUGCAAGGUCCAAGAUCCAAAAAUAAAAUUAGAAUCAUUGUUGGCAACGUGUCAAAGUACAUUCCAUCUGAUAAACGAGAUCCUAAUGACCAUGCCACUCACAAGUGGAUGGUGUACGUACGGUGUCCCCCUAACGGAGGUGCAGAGAUAGCGCAAGUGGUGCGCAAAGUCCGCUUCUUUUUGCACCCAAGUUACAGGCCCAAUGACAUGGUUGUUGUCAGUGAAGCCCCUUUUCAUCUUGUGCGGAAAGGAUGGGGAGAAUUUCCGCUGCGGCUGCAGCUCCAUUUCUGUGACCGGCGCAACAAGCCCGUUGACAUCAUUCAUAAUCUCAAGCUUGACAAGACGUACACAGGUUUGCAGACGCUCGGGGCGGAAACUGUUGUAGAUCUGUGGAUGGCCUCAAACCAGUCUCAAGGGUCUCCAGAUGAGGGUGUGAAUGUCUUUCCCAGUCAAGCUCUCCAGGUGAAAGUUGAACAGACUGAAAUGGACAAAGACACUAGCUGUGACACACAUGUUCUCCACUCUCAGUGUUCUCAGGCCGCUGCUGUGAGUGACCAUGUAUAUAGUGAACCAGCUACGUCUGAAGGUGCAACUGAGCCAUCUUCCCGUAAGCCUAACGGUAAUCGUAUUGAACAUCAGAACAGUGAGACACACGCACAUCAAGAAUCCCACCAAGACAUUGUGGCACCUACAGAAAAUGUACAGACUGAAUCUGUGGGGACCAUGAAAGACAAACAGGGGCAGCAUUCAGAAGCGCGUGAAGAUAGCGGUGAAAUUGUGAGGAAUUUUGCAAUUCUGUCACGUAGCGAAAGCAUCAAGACUGAAGGUGUGCCUCAAGCGACGCAAGCAUUGCCAGUUUCGUCCAGUACUGUGAAGCACAAUUCAACUGUACCGAAACCUCAAACAUCCCCUGUGGCAGGAACAAGCCUGCUUCUGCAGAACAACACUGCAAGCAGUCCACCCCCAACCACACAGUCAAAGAAUGUAGCAAAUGGUGCGAGAACACAGUCUUUUGUGAAAUGUACAGAUGCACUGGGUCGAGUGUUGCUCAUUCCCUCCACGUCGCUCUUGCGUCCAAAAGCUGCUGUGGUCAGGCCUCAAGAACCUAUGGCUGGUUCUAAGAGGUUGCCCUCCAUCUUAAAGAACAAUGUGUUGAGGCCCAUUUUGCCCAGAAACUCUGUGUGUUCAUCCUCUGGAGCUCCCAGAAUGCAAACUCCCUCCAGUGUGCAAACCUCGUCCCUACAAACACCCAGUACGUCUGGGCAGGCAUCCAGCCACAAAUACACCUUAUUGGUGGUGCCCAGUGUGGACAAAGCUCACAGCCAAAUCCUCCUUGUGCCCACCACAUCACUGGUGAACAAGGCACCAGUAAGCACUCCUCCAGCAACUUCUCAGACUUCUAGUGUUGUUAAAGAUUGCAGUGUCAGCAAGCCAGUACCCCAGCCUCAGCAGCAAGCUCUAGUGCGCAAGAAAGAUCCAGUAGAGAUUCUCCAGAAGAAGCUUCAUUCUAUCAGGUUAUGCGACUACAAGAAUUACAAUGAUGCCCUACUUGCUGUCGCACCCUUGUUCCCACUGAGUGACGUGGAUAUGGAUGAAAAGAUGGCGUGCUUUCCAUUUGCUGCUACAAGUAGUGCUGCAUACUUUAGUUGGCCAGUUCCUAAAAGAAGAGCAUCGGAGUGGUUACGUGCAUCAGCAGUAAGGAAAGGAAUGCAGGCACUUCUGGAAAAACAGAACCCUGAUUGGUGUUCACUUCAACAAAUCUGGUCCACCAAGAGGACAAUGUUGUGGUGUAGAAGGUUUGGGUUCACCCCACUUCAUGCUGAUGCUGAAGUUGUCAGCAAUGAAGAUAGGAUGCACUCUGAAUAUGUACUUCCCGGUGGCACCUACACAGACCCCAAAGCCCUCCUCGAUGCUUUAAGGAAACAGCUCCCAGACCAGUUACCGUGCUGUGAGUCACAAGGUGACGAAGAGGUUGAUGUGGAAACUGUGGAUGAAGACGGCGCUGGUGACACGAGCAGAGGUACCAGUAGAGGUGCCUCCCCAAAGAAAUCGUCACAAUCACCUAGGAUGGAGCUACCACUGUCGGACUGUGCACUUUUUGUGAGAGAAAGUGCAGCAGAGAUUGGCGUUCAUACAUCAUUUGUUGAGGUGGAGCCUUUUGUGGAUGGUCCUGUUGUUGAAGAAAUCAUUCUCAGUGCAUGUAAAAGGUUUGCUUCAACCAUUCUUCGGCAUUCUGUGAACGCUGCGCAUGAAAGAGCUGGGAAGAAUCUGAACCCCGAUAUGGUAAAGGUGGAAGAUGUUUAUAAAGCAUUGCUGAACCUUAGCUUCUGCGAUUUUCUGACGAACAGCAACCUUGGAAUUGAAGUUACGCAGGAAAGCAUCGAUGACAGCGCUCAUCUCUGACACUAGGCCCUGUAAAUAAACUAUACAUUCGUUGAUUUUGCA